AUGAAGGAAAAAGGAGCAGAUGUUAACAGCAGAGGAAACUGGAGUAAGAUUUGGGAGAGAAAAGCUGCAGAGGCGAGAGAAAAAGGAGAGGAGGCUAAAGAAACUCUAAGGGAAGCUGGAGUGUUAACGAGGAAGAAAAUGAAAAGUGAGGUUGAAAAGCAGACUGGUCGCGUGAGUAAGUACAUGCAGUGGAUCAUGUUAUGGAAUGCAGCCAGACCCAAUAUGAAGAAAGUGAAAAAGGAGAAUAAAUCAUCUCCACCCCCUUAUUCCUCCGCUACUGCUCCAGCAGCUGGAAUGUACCCAUUAAUAAAAGUUACGAGCGGCAUACUGGACAUCCAGCCUGUAACCCCAAUGGAUAGUAUGAGUGAGUGGUCAGGCGUAACUAUGACAACAGGAUCAGACACUAAAGUCAAGCCCUCCACCUCUGAGACACAUAAUCCUUUUCUGCCAAGUAAUGAAACAUUAAACAGCAGCCCAUCUGCAGACAACCCAGCUGCACCUUUCGAAUUAAGGGCUAAACGACAGGACAUAGAUAACUCACAAAAACAAUUCACCACUCCCUACUUCAAUCAGGGCCUGGUCGCACCUGACUAUGGCACGGGUACGAGCUCCCAUGCACCGCCCCCAGCGCCUUGGGCAAACAGCUCACCAGUAUGGCCUAAAACAUCAGACCUAAACAAGCCUAUACCAAUUUUUGCAACCUCCCAGUUAAAGGGAGAAGAGCAAGAAGACCCUAAUAAAAGUGUAGUGGUAAAAAUGGUUCUGGUAGGGCAGGAAUCAUCUGAUCCCCCUCCAACUGCCAGUCAGAGCUAUGAAUCCCUCCUACCAGAGGAGUGGCAGAAGCCGCUCACGAGAGAAGAGUCUAGGGGAGAAGGGGACCUGCUUUCCCGCUCUCCAUCCCCAGACCCAGACAGAAGACACACUAGGUCUAUGGGCCCCCCACCGACCUACCAAUUACCUUGGUAUAUACAAGAGGGUGGAAACACUUGGCUCUCAGACUUUGACACCCUCACUGCUGGACAGGACCUUGCAUUGGGAGAUUUCCGAGCAGUAAUCACUAGGUGCACGUCACGCUCACAGGCGGAGGCCCUAGAGAAGGACGCUGGCACAACUCGUGAUUCUAAUUCUGUACCUCUCGACAUGAUUCAGUCUGGUACAAAGAAGCAUUCCAAAACCAACUACAGGGACAGCAAUGGCCCCACCGAUGUUGGGUUAGGGUCCAUCCCACCUUAUGCUGAAGAGGGGAUAGCAGACACCAUCGAUGGUCUGUUGCAAGCAGGGGUGUUGGAGCCAUCCAUGUCAGAAUGGAACACUCCGAUUUUACCUGUAGAAAAGAAAAAUACUGGUAAAUAUCGAAUGGUUCAUGACCUGCGUCGUAUAAACGCCCUACUUAACACAGACUCACUUCCCGUCCCUAACCCAUAUGUGGCUCUGACAAACCUACCACCUUCACAUGCAUGGUUUACCUGCAUAGACUUGGCAAACGCAUUCUUUUGUCUUCCACUUCAUGAAUCCCUGAGAGACAUUUUCUCUUUCACAUUCAGAGGACAGCAAUACCGAUAUACUCGAUUGCCACAAGGGUUCACCCUGUCCCCUGGAUUGUUCAACCAAUGUUUGCGUCAGCUCCUAGACACAUGCCCCCUACCUGAUGACUGUGUUUUGGUGCAGUAUGUUGAUGAUCUGCUCCUGUCAGCGCCCUCUGCAGGCUCCUGUCUGCAAGCUACUCAGACUCUACUAACUCAUUUGGCCAAGCUUGGAUUUAAGGUCAGCUGGUCCAAACUUCAAAUAGCCAGAAAACAAGUAUCAUUUCUGGGCAGAUUGGUUUCACAAGUUGGCGUUUCAUUGUCACCAGAUCAUAGAAACUCCAUACUCCAUCACUCUAAACCUGAAACAGUCAAAGACAUGCUAUCCUUCCUAGGCCUGACAGGCUACAGUAGGCACUUCAUCCCCAACUAUGUCGGUCUCACUGCCCCACUACGUGCUCUUAUAGCACCUUUUGGGAUGCGUCAACUCACAGCUCGCCUGGACUGGACUAUUCCAGCAGAAGAAGCAUUCAUAAAACUUAAACAACAACUGUCCACAGCUAGUGAUUUAGCUACUGCUGACUACAAAUCUACGUUUUUCCUUGAUGUUUCUGGAUCAGAAACUCAUGUUGAUGGAGUUCUGUUCCAGAAAAAAGGGGGAGGUCAGAGACAAGUCUUGAUGUACAUAAGUGUCAUGCUGGACAACACGGAAAAAAGACACCCACCCUGCACCCAACAUGUAGCAGGUCUUGCAAAAAUUUUACAAAAAACAGCACAUAUUGUAAUGGGCUACCCUCUGAAAGUACUGACAACACGCAGUGUAGUAGCUUACAUCACAUCACAAGCUUUCACCAUGACCCCACUAAGACAAAGAAAAAUCAGUAAAAUCUUAGAGGCCCCACACAUCACCUACACACAUGAAGGGAUAAACAUGGCAGACCACAUGGGUACUGGGGAACCUCAUUCGUGCGAACAAAGAACAGCAAUAGAAGAAAAGGUCAGACCAGAUUUAAGUGCAAUCCCACUAGAAAAUCCCGAUAAGAACUGGUUUACAGACAGCUGUUGCUAUAGGGAUGACAAUGAUGGAUUAAAAGCUGCUUGGGCAGUAGUAGAGCAUCUCCCUACAGGCGAAUGGUUCACUGCAGGAGCGGAAAAGCUAAAAGGACAACAGUCAGCACAAAGAGCAGAAGUAUUGGCUAUCAUUGCAGCUCUCAAAAUGAGCACAGGGAAAAAGGUAAAUAUUUACAGUGACUCAGCUUAUGCUGUAGGAGCCGUGCAUGUUGAACUUAAGCAAUGGUUGAGAGCUGUUUUUGUGCCUGCUGGGGUGAAACCAAUAAAACAUGAGUCUGAGAUGAGGGAACUAGCAGAAGCUUUAUUCCUUCCAGCAGAAGUGGCAGUGAUAAAAUGCAAAGGACAUAGUCAGGGCUCUGACUUUAUAUCUAAGGGAAAUCAGGAGGCAGAUAGAGCUGCCAAGAUAACAGCUGAAUAUCUUCCUGUAUAUAAUCUAGUGGUUGAGACAGACAUGCAAGAUCAAGCUUCGCCACAGGAAAAAACUUUGUGGUUGGCAAGAGGCGCAACCAACACAGACAUUUGGAGAAGUCCAGAUGGUAGACCCAUACUGCCACCUGGCAUUAGGCAGACGGCAAUGGAAGAAGCGCAUGGAGUAGGACAUGUUGGUGUAGCACAGAUGGUGAGGAAUUUGUCCCUCUGGUGGCAUCCAUACCUAACAGACAUGGCCAGAUAUUUGGUUAAAACCUGUACAGAGUGUACUCAGUUUGGCAUUAAACCUACCCUGAAACCAAUCCAAGGCCAAUUUCCAAUACCAACAUGCCCUGGAAAAGAGAUAAUCAUAGAUUUCACAGACAUGAUUGACAGGGUAAAAGGCUACAGGUAUCUCCUAGUGUGUGUAGAUGCCUAUACUGGAUGGCUGGAGGCUUGGCCUGCGAAAAAAGAAGACAGCAAAACAGUCAUCAAAUGUUUGAUCAAUCAUUAUAUUCCCCAACAUGGGUUCCCGGAAAAAGUCAGAUCGGACAAUGGGUCACAUUUUAAGAACAAAGAUCUACAAGAGGUUGAAACCAUGCUGGGUCUGAAACACAAGUUUGGUUCAGUGUAUCAUCCCCAAUCCCAGGGGAAGGUGGAGAGGAUGAAUCAAACGCUAAAGGUCAAAUUGGCUAAAAUCUGUGCACGGACCAAAUUAACUUGGCUAGAAGCUUUGCCCCUUGCUCUGAUGUUCACACGGAGCUCAGUUAACAAAACCACAAGGUUCACUCCCUUUGAACUACAGACUGGACGGCCGUUCCCAGGACCUGCCACGAAAUUACCUUUGACUGCUGACCUGACUGACUCCCUCGACUCAAGGUCAUAUUAUAACCUGUUGCAUAGUCUUGUCUCUCAGUUCUCGUUACAGGUUGAGGCUGACCGUACCACCACAGACGCCCCAUCUCCACAACCUGGGACAGACUGGGUCCUACUAAAAGUCACCAAAAGGAAGUGGACGGAACCAAGGUGGACCGGACCCUACAGGAUCACGGAGAGGACGUCACACGCUGUCCGGCUGGACGGCAAAGGAGACUCCUGGUACCAUUGGACCCAGUGUGCUGCAGCGGAAGAGCCCCACCGCACCCUGACCGAGGUCCAAGAGAACCUGUCACAAAGGGAGGAUCCUGACCAGGGAAAAGGACCUACGGACCAGGACGAGAAGCAGCUGACAUCUGCCUGA